AUGCUAUACACCCAAGCUUCUCAGACUGCAGAAGCUGUUAGGAAGCAAGAAGCUCUAAUUAAAGAGAAUGCAGUGGAAGCUGAAAGACACAUGGUUGAUGACAUCUUAGAUCUUGAUGCACACCGCUUGAAUGCCACUAGAAAUCCAUCUCAGACAUUAGUUUGCUUAGAGACAACAGAGAAGAUAAGUCAGCAAUUUGCAGAAGCACCAGAGCAAGAACAAUCAACACUAGAUGAAACUUCUCUCAUUGAGAUCGAUCAACGCCAAUGGGAUGGAUACGAACCUUCAAUGGAAAAGCAAGAAACAAUAGAAGGAGUUCAAAGUGAGAAAAGAGUCAAAUCUAGGAAAGUAUUUAUUCCUAAAUACCUCAGGAGAGAAGUUAACAAAGUGGAACUUGAUGGAUUUCACAAGAAGGUGAAGAGAGUUCCUAAGGAUAUGUCUUUCGAGGAUGCAUAUUAUAAGUACAGACUUGGUAAUUUCUUCAGAGAGAGCAGAGAGACGGAUAAGGACAUUGAGAUGUUACUCAACAAGGUCCGGCGUAAGCCUAAGAGGACUCUAAAGAAGGAACAAGAUCCUGGAAAGUUCUUGAUUCCAUGCUGUAUACAUGAUCACACCUUGACAAACGCCCUCUGUGAUACUGGAUCUGCAGUAAGUAUCAUGGCUAUAGACACUGCUGAUUUAUUAGGAUUCAAGAUGGAGCUUUCUCAGGAUAGUUUCACUUUCGUGGAUAACCCCAAGGCAAACUCAGCAGGCAUGAUCAAGAAUGUCAAGGUAGAGAUAGGAGACUGCAGUAUCCCUGUGGAUUUUCACGUCGUGAAGAGUAAAUCUGGCCAGAUAUCUUCUCUUCUUUUUGGAAAAGCAUUCAUGGCUACAGUGAGAGCAGUUUGUGAUCUUAAGAAGAAUAGGAUGUGCUUGACUAAUGUUGAUGAAACUGUCUUCUAUGAUCCCGUGGAGAAGAAGAAAGGUGAGAAGUUUAUUUCAUGCAUAGAGAUGUUUGAAGAUCCAGGACCUAUAGCUGAUCUCAAUCACGAGCCCGCAAUAGCAGAAUCAGCGUCGGUCGACAUUAGAGUUGCAGCAUCGGUCGACUUCCAGUCCUCAGAAUCGAUCGACAAUAAGCCUUCAGAAUCAGACGACUCUCAGUCUUAA